AUGACACCAACAUCUCCGACUAGCCUUCUUCCAAGUUCUUAUGCAGACAUUAACACAACUCUAUUUGCCAAUGUUUCAUCUACUCCAAAUGUGGCUGCCCCAGGGCUCCUCAUUCCACUGAUAUACCUAGUUGUAUGUGCAGUAGGAUUAUGGGGUAACACCUUGGUUAUCUACUUAGCAUGGCGAAGUCCUGCUGGACAAAACUCUGUCACUGCUCUCUACAUUCUGAACUUGGCAAUGGCUGAUGACCUUUUCAUGUUGGGUUUGCCCUUUCUUGCUGCCCAGAGUGCUUUGUCCUACUGGCCAUUUGGAUCACCAGUAUGCACAAUAGUAAUGACUCUAGAUGCUGUCAAUCAAUUCACAAGCAUUUUCUGCUUAACUGUACUCAGCAUAGACAGAUAUUUAGCUGUGGUUCGUCCCAUCAAGUCCGUAAAAUGGAGAAGACCCAAAGUGGCUAAAAUUGUGAAUGUAACUGUUUGGAUUGCUUCUUUCUUGGUUGUACUACCAGUAGUUUUCUUUGCUGGUGUUCCAAAGGAUUCAGGAACAUGUCAUAUUGCUUGGCCUGAACCACAGCAGGCCUGGAGGACUGGUUUUAUCUUGUAUACUGCUGCACUUGGGUUCUUCUGCCCAUUGCUUGUAAUCUGCAUAUGCCAUAUACUUAUUGUGGCUGAGCUAAGAACAUCUGGAAAUCGGGUUAGGGUGGCUCCAACCCGACGACAGGGUCCUGAGCGCAAGGUAACUAAGAUGGUGGCCCUUGCAGUGACUGCCUUCAUCCUGUGUUGGCUGCCUUUUUAUGCCUUGAACAUUAUCAAUCUGUUGUGGCCUCUGCCUGCAGGUCCAAGGCUGUAUGGACUUUACUCCUUUGUGGUAGCUCUCUCCUAUGCUAACAGCUGCUUGAAUCCUAUUAUUUAUGCUCUUCUAGCUCGUCCAUUUCAAAGGGGCUUGAGACGUGUUCUCUGUAGGACAUCUGUUAGAGUGGCUGAUGGAGGAAUGAAUGGACCCAAUGAAACAGCGCAAGGAGAGCUCAGCAGAGUUAGUGGCAUUUCCCAAGACAGAAGAAGUCCAAGAGUGGACAGAGUGGAUGAAAAUGGACAGAGAGCUGGAGCUGAAGAAUCUCUGCAGCAGGAAGUUGGACCAUCAUCACAAAAUGCUCUACCGGAGGAGCUUGGAGCAUCUGAAAAAGAAAAUAUGCUAGGCAUAAGCUAUUUAUAG